CCACAGAUUUGGGAGUCGCUGACUGGCCGAGCGGUCACGUGAUCUGCCGAGGAGGCGAGGAGGAGGAAGUGCAGCGGCGGCGGCGGCGCGGGAGAGCAGAACUCAGAGGCGGCGGCGGCAGCGAGCAUGGCGUGGAGCAAGUACCAGCUCUUCCUGGCGGGCCUGAUGCUGGUCACCGGCUCCAUCAACACCCUCUCGGCCAAGUGGGCUGACAAGCUGAGUGCACCCUCCUGCAAUGGGACAGACCUACACAACUUCCAGCAUCCCUUCCUCCAGGCGGUGGGCAUGUUCCUGGGCGAGUUCUCCUGCCUGGCUGUCUUCUACCUCCUCCUCUGCUGUGACCGGCGGAAGCCAGAGCCCACCAUGGGCCCCCCUCAGCCCUUUAACCCUUUCCUUUUCCUGCCCCCGGCACUCUGCGACAUGACCGGGACCAGCCUCAUGUAUGUGGCCCUGAACAUGACCAGCGCAUCCAGCUUCCAGAUGCUCCGAGGAGCCGUGGUCAUCUUCACGGGGCUGCUCUCGGUGGCCUUCCUUCAGCGGAAGCUGGCCCCAAGCCAGUGGCUAGGGAUCCUGGUCACCAUCCUGGGGCUGGUGGUGGUUGGGUUGGCAGACCUGCUGAGCAGCGAUGGCGAGAAGCACAGGCUGAGCCAGGUCAUCACAGGUGACCUGCUCAUCAUCAUGGCUCAGGUGAUCGUUGCCAUCCAGAUGGUGCUGGAGGAGAAGUUUGUCUACAAGCACGACGUUCAUCCUCUGCGGGCUGUGGGCACGGAAGGAUUCUUUGGGUUCGUCAUCCUCUCCCUGAUCCUGAUCCCCAUGUACUACAUCCCAGGCGGCAGCUUCAGCGGCAACCCGCGGGGGGUGUUGGAAGAUGCUCUGGACGCCUUCUGCCAGAUUGGCCAUGCCCCACUCAUUGCAGUGGCCCUGCUGGGCAACAUCAGCAGCAUCGCCUUCUUCAACUUUGCUGGCAUCAGCGUCACCAAAGAGAUCAGCGCCACGACCCGGAUGGUGCUCGACAGCCUGCGCACCAUCGUCAUCUGGGCCGUCAGCCUCGCCCUGGGCUGGGAGGCCUUCCACGGACUGCAGAUCCUGGGGUUCCUCAUCCUCUUGGUCGGCGCUGCCCUUUACAACGGAUUGCACCGACCCCUCCUGGCCCGCCUGCCCUGGUGGAGAGCGCGGGCGGAUGCUACAGGCGCGGGUGCAGAUAGGGAGGGCCUCUUGGCUGCAGAGGGGGCUUCCGUUAACGGGGAUAGUUGAUGUCGGCGCAGCCCUGACACCACUGGACCUUUUAGACUUCUAUGGAAUGAACUAGCCAUGGUUGCCCCGGCUGGCAGGCUGGGGACACCCAACUGGUCCUGAGAUUCACUUUGUACACUUGGUACUCGAGGUGCCUUCUGAGUCUGUAUUUCACCCUUAAUUUUGGGAUGUUGCUCCCCCACUUGGCCACUUUGCUUAUUCUAGGAGGAGGGCACACAGGAGGGGCUUGGCUGUCUCUGGGGCAGCCCCAGAGGAGGGGCCCUCUCACUGCUACUGCUACAAUCCAGAGUAGGGGAGGGCCACCUCUCGUGCUGGGACCAUGUCUAAGCCUGCCUCCAGAAUGUGGAUGGGGCAAGAGAGGGGACCUGUCAGCUGGCUGCCCAGAGCACCGUGUGCAGGUGUGCCUCCUCGGCUGAUCUGUCCACCAGCCUUUGGCAGUCCGGUCACCUCUCUAGGCCUUCACGUCUCCCCUCCGCCUCGGCAUGAUGUCACAAGGCCAUUGGGAAGGCUUCCGCAGGUUCUCUCGCUCCAUGGCACAUGAUCUUGCUGCUAACUCCUGGCAAGCACUGGCCUUCUCCUGCGCUCUGCUCCAAGGGGAAGGGCAGGAGGAUGUGCUUUGAGCUCUCCACAGAGGGGACUUCCCGUUUGCCCAGGGGGAGUUGGCUGUGCAGGAGACCGCUCUGCAGGGCGGUGGCAAGUAGCUUGACUGUGCCGUUGUGCCCCAUCUGAGAGUUGCCGCCCAGAAUCCUCUGCCAGGUGGCAAAACACUCUGGGCUCUGCUUCUCAAAUGGGUACCUCAUGCCAGUCAGGCUGACUAAAUGCCCUUGGGUGUUCCAGUGUGGUUACUAGGAGCCCCUUCUCCCAAGAGUCAUCCCAUUGCAGUCUUGAGUGGGGGUGAGAGAGAACGCCACGGGGGGGUGGAGGAGUGUGCAUGUACGGACGCUUGUGUCAUCCAUGCAGCGCGUCUCUCUGGUUCCGUGUUGCUAAUACUUGCUUGGUUUGCUUCAUGUUUUAUAGGGCUGGAAGUUUAAAGGAGAGGACUCCUGGAGUGGCCUAAAGAGGGGGAAAUGCAGGCUGGGCACAUGGCAGGUAGUGCUGCAGUUAACUUCACACAUGACGCAUUACCCACGUGCGGGGGGGGGAGAGGCUCAACCCAUUUCCUCUUGUUGCACCAUUCUGUCCCUCCAAAAUAGGCUGCUCCCAUUUUCCCAGUGAGCCUGGAAAAUCCUCCUCCAUGGCAGUGGUGGCAGCAUGCCCAAGCGGAGGAGGGCAGGCGUGCUGGCCAGCUGUGGUGUGUCUGGAAGCCGGCCUGGCAUCUUGUCCAGAGGCCUCCCCCUGAUCCCGGAGGACGUGGCGGCAGAAGCAGCCGAGCUCGUCUGUACAGGCAAGCCCAGCCUUGCUCCUUGGCAGGCUUCUUUGGCACUUGAGCAGAGCCUUCUCUCCUGCCCCCUUUGCGGCUGAUUAUGUGGGGCAUAGCAGGGAGGGGUGGGCAUUUCCUUGACUCUGGAAUAUGGACGAGAAUUUGAGUCCUCAAUAAACACAGCCUGGUUUCAA